AUGUUGAUAGGUAAGGUGGUCCGGACCAGGGUCAGAUUCUUGGUCUGGCUGUCAGUCCGGAUAAUAUAAAGCCUAUAAAGUAGGCUAAUAUGCUAAGCUAACUGCCGUUACCUAACGGUACCAGGCAGUUACUGCCACACACACACACACACACACACACACACACACACACACACACGCACACACACACACUCAGGUUAGUUGUUACAGUUCUCAUAUACAGAAAAUCACAGAUGUAAACAAACAUCAGCUGAUAGCUUCUGUCUCCUUUAUUUCUAUGUGUGUAUUUGUGUGUAGAACUUGUGUAAUAUACUGUGUGGGUGUGUGUCUGCUGUUGUGUUGUGGUAAAUUGUUGGUGUGUACAGGUCAUGGUUGGUGACUGUGUCAGCUGAUAUUUUGGAGUCAUGAGCACAGACUUAAAAUCAGUCAUUAAGGCUCAACAGUUUCAUUAAGAGUUCAAUGAUUGGAGUGUGUUAUAAGAGGAAUGAUACUGUUCCUGUUGUAUUAUUAUUAUAGUGUUAUUAGUAUUAUCAUAGUAUUAGUAUUAGUAUUAUUAUAAUUGUAUUAGUUAGGGCCCGUCUGAUGUGGAUUUUUUGGGGCUGAUGCCGAUUAUUGGGGGGGGGGGGGGGUCUGAUUACUAAUUAAUCGGCCAAAUUUGACAUUUUUUAUGAAAUUAUAAAAAAUAUAUCUAUAUACCUUAGAUAUCAACAGUUAUACUUUAAGCUACUGCUCUUCACGUCGGCAGGAAGACAGACUGAUCAAACUCGGACCAGAAAAGCGUUUUCAACCUCCUCCAUGGGUCCCUGAGCUGCCUGCUUCAGAUCCGUUACUCUGCUCUGCUGUGCUGUGCUGUGAGGUAGUUAGUGGAUGAAGAUUGUCAUGAGGUUGCUGCGCCAUCUACAGCAUAAGUUGGGGAACUUCUCAAAUGGCCAAACAUUUUCAAAUUAAAACUGAAUCUUAUUCUCCGCAUUUUAUCUCUGAAAAAUAUCUGCGAAAAUCUGCAAGUUUUGUCCGAAUACCGAUUAAUCUCAAACGGGCUGAAAUUGGCUGAUUUAAUUGACUCGCUGAUAAAUCGGUUGGGCCCUAGUAUUUUUAUUAUUAUAGUAGGUCCGUGCAUUAUCUGUCCAUUCAAUUAUUCCAUUCAAUCUAGUAAAGGAAAAAUGAAAAAAACGAGUCAAUAUUUUGUGUAUGUGUUUUUCUGUAUAACCAAAAAAUAAAAAAUUAGUGUUUGUUUUCUAGUGCUGCAACUAACAAUUAUUUUGAUAAUCGAUUAAUCUGUAAACUAUUUUAAUAACUAAUCGAUUAAUCGGAUAAAUACAGAAACUUUUUUUUUUUUGCUUAUUCCAAAAAUAUUUUUAUUUUCCAAACACCUGAGCUUACUUCUGGUGCUUCCCCUGAACAGCAGCAUGACACGACAAUAUAAAAUAAAAUAAAAAACAAUAAAAAUUAAAUAACUCAAACUGCACACUGAUUCCAACAGGUACGGGAGGAAGUAGUGCAAAAUAGUCGAAGAGUGAUUGAAGAUAAUUAUUAGUAUAAUAAUCUAAUAAAUACAAUGGAGUAUGAGGGCCACAUUGAGAAAGAAAAAAACAUUUUUAAAUCUUUGAGAUUAAAGUUAUUAUUUAGGAGAAUAAAGUCAUUAAUGACUUUAAGAAUAAAGUAGUAAAGUUACCUGUUGUGGAGGAGAGUUGUUAAAAUCAGCACUGAGGAGCAUUUAGAUGGAUUGUACUUUAGUAUAGGUUUCACAAACAUGGAGAUACUUAAUCCUUUGGUACAUCAGCGUUACACUGUCAUGAGUAUCAGAACUUUAAAAAGAAUAUAUGAGAAAUGCUGCUUUUGUGGAGGGGAAAAUGGCUGGAAAUGGCUGUACAGAGGCUAAAUUCAUCAAUGCAGCUGUUAAUAGCAAUAGCAUAGGGCUUUAGUUUAUCAUAUGAGUUUAUCUGCCAUGAGGUGUUGAGGUCUCUGCAUGUGUAGGUUACUGACUUACUGUAAUCAUCGGGUCUAUCUCGUCCUUAUAAAAACCUGCUCUAUUUCGGCGAGUGUCUGUCUUCUUCUGUAGUCAAACCGCAAGAUAUCAAAAUCUACCCGGAUACAGCAAUGCUGCUUUUUGAUUGGCUGUUCAGUAGAUAUACUUUAUUUGAUUGGCUUGCGCGUGGCACGCAGCUUCUGAACUCUUGGAGAAACUCAGUUGAUUUCCACCUGUUCCAUAGUUAAAGAAGUGCAACUUGGUGGACAUCAUCAUGUUCAUUUAAAUGCGUGAGAAAUACAAUGUGUGGUGUGUGAGCGUGUGAACGAGUGGGAAUGCGUGUGUCAUACGCUGAAUGCGUGAGACUCGAGAGCCCUGUGCUCACGCAUUAUCGAUGUACUCCGGUGCCAUGCAAAACGGUCUUUGCAAAUGUUGCACUGAACGCCUUCCUUUUCAGUCUUGGUGAAGUUUUCCCACACCACUGAUGUUUUAGGUCGGGAUUUGGGUUGGGUUGUGUCCAUGUUUUUCUCAGCCGCUGCCUCGGCCAUGGCUGUUUCUUUUCUGUGCGUCCUGCUGAUGUUUACACGCUGGUGUCCAUGGACAUAUAUAAAGACCCGACGAAUCGAUCACAGAAUUAGUUGGCAACAGAUUUUUUCGUCACGACGAAUCGACUUAAUCGAUUCGUUAUUGCAGCCUUAUUGUUUUCGUAUUUUCAGUUAAAAACAGAAUAUAUAACAGAGAAGGAAAUGAAAACAAAAUAGUAAAUCCACUUUUCGGGUUUUUGAUGUCCCCAUUUCCCACGGUGCCUUUCCACUGUUCGCACAUGCACAUUGUGCAACAAAGUAGCCGACAACGUGGACCAAAAACUCCAGUCCAGAGCGGUAGAGAAACGCUAACCUGCUGUCAUGGAGUUGGACGCAUCCAACUCCAUUAUUCAUUGCUGCCAGGAGGGUCACACUGAAAGAGGAAAGGUCCUUUCACACUGGGACCGUUUUUAUCGUGCAAUUAUUUCAGACGUCAAUGUUUCUUGAACCCAUAUCCUGUCAAUUAAGGCUGCACGAUAUUGGAAAAAAAUAAUAUUGCGAUUUUUUCAACCCUGCGAUAUAUAUUGCGAUAUUAAAAAUACAAUAUUUUCACCAGAUGACCUGAAUAGCACUUAAUGUUAUGCUGCACUGCUGAAAUCUUGAGGUCAGUUAAUCUGCUCUGAUCUUACCUCUUUUUGUGAAUGUUAGUAGAACGGCUUCUGUCUGUCUCAGAUAUAUUUUUAGCUUUUAUUGUGCUGGGACGUUAUUGUGGAAACAGAUGAACACAGAAGACGUGUUUUGGUCGACAUCAUCCUUUUUUAACCGAAAUAAUUCCAGAUAACUGACUUUCCUUUUCUUUUUGGCAACAAAUCUUCAUUUUCGGUGGUUUUCGCUUGUUCGUUGUUGAUUUUGCGAUCGUUGUUGUUAGCGGUGCUGUACCGAGAAACGCAUGUCCUCCGAGAAUUGCAUGCACCUCGCAAAACGCGCACUGCUUAUAGUAGAGUGGUCCACGGAAAUGUACAAUUUAAAACCCAUACAGUUCUUAUUUGUUGGGCUUAAUAGUCAUAAGUAAAGUUCCGAAAGUAAUUCUCAGCGGACACACGUCUCCCCCCAUGUGCAGAACAUAUGCAGGGGUGGGUUUUCUCCUCCCUGAUUUUGAUUGACAGCUGGCAGGGUAGUCUGAUUGGCAGCUGAGAAGUGAGUCUGAUUGGCAACUGAGUUAAGGACGAAGGCGAUUGGUGGAUCGCUGCACAGCACAUGCAGAGUCACAUGGAGUGUAUCUCAGUCGGUUACCCUUGAAAUUAAAUGAGUUCAUUCACCUCCAAUAUCGCAGGCUCUGCGAUGUGACUAUCGCACACACGUACAUCGCGAUGACGAUAGUCAAACGAUAUAUCGUUCAGGCCUACUGUCAAUACAAGCGUUCACAUCAGCGACGUUUCCCCGUCUUGUGAUAUUGCGGCAUUUAUUUAUUAUUAUUAUUAUUAUUAUUAUUUUAAUUUUUUUUUGGAUCAAGGUUGAUUUUUCUAAAGUUUUGCAUACUGUGUGUCCACUUCUGACCAAUCAGAUUGCUUGUUGUUGCGACAUCAGAGUCACCGGUAGUGCUGGGCGAUAGGACGAUAGAUAUCGUGGGCACGAUAGAAAAUGUCUAUCGUGCCAUUUUUAUUUUUAUCGUUUCGGGCGAUAGGCUGUAUUUAAUCCAUAGGGCUUGUGCCAUCAGAUGAUUCAUAGUAACAACAACAAUAAUUGCACAUUCAGUAAGUGUAUUUGGUGUCGAACGGGAAAGAAAACAAUAUUUUCUUACAAAGAAAAGGAUGCGUUGACAUGUAGGCUUGCAUUUCUCUUUCGAUUUUGCGACAUGACGCCGCUUUACGUGCCCUCUUCGUGUCCAGCGUCUCCCGCCGUUGCGGGUUACCUGGGUUACACACGUGAGGGGAUCAUGUAAGCAGUGCUUAAUUUGUGCCGGAGCAAGUCGGAGCGCACUCCGGGACCUCUUUUGAUCGGACCCGGGACCUAAUUCAGCCGCUGCGGCACCUGUUUCAUCUGCUCCGGGACCUUCCCUGUAGAGGAUGACAUUUUUCGGGAAUUUCCGUGGGUCACGUGAUUCCCGCGGGAAUCCCACGGGAUGGGAGUCAUUUUUAAAUAACCCCUUGAUCGGGACGGGACGGGAAAAAAAGCAACGGGAGUGACUUCCUGUCAGCUGGGAGCGCGGCUGCGCAUUUCUACCCUUCAAGCCAGCAGCGAGGAAACGUAAUUUUGUGACAUUCUGUAGUUUUUCAAUCAUUUCUGGAGUCGUGGCGAAUCAAAUCAUCUUACCUGUCUGCCCCUGAUAGGCGAAUAAAGCGCUCGGAUUCAUGCUCGGGUCUUCCUACGUGCUUCAAGAGUAAAGUAAACAAUGAUGGAGGCAGAGAGCAGCUUUGGAGGAGAAACAUCCAGCAGUGUGAACAACCUCUUCAAAAGAGCCCUAAAGACCUACCUUUUUAAUAAAGCCUUUGGUUAGUUUUCUUACUACCUUGCCUCUUACAUUGCAACUCUAAAUAUUAUUAAUUUUUUAAAUUCUUUUUUUAUGCCAGUCUGUGACUGUCAUUCUAUUGCUUUUUUUGUUGUUGCUGCUCUUUUUUUACUGUGUACUGUAGCACUUUGAGAUUUUUUGUAAAUGUAAAGUGCAUUACAAAUUAAAUUUAUUAUUAUUAUUAUUAUUAUUAUUAUGGAGUGCUUUGGCUCACACUAUUGGCGUUUUCUGUGAGUGUUGCAUAACUUUGGGUGAGCACAGACAUGAACACACUUCAGCCACGUAUUUAUUUAUUCAUUUUUCUAGUUUUAAGUGCUGGUCUUGUACUGGUACUGUACUAGUGCAGCUGUAUACACUUAAAUUUUUCAUAGAACUGAAAGCAUACCAUAGCUAUAUCAUGAUAUAUAUCGUUAUCGUGAUAUAAAAUGAUCCAUAUCGUGAUAUACAUUUUUUUCCAUAUCGCCCAGCACUAGUCACCGGUAUAUCAAACAUGGCCGACUGGCUGAUUGUUUACGUGUCGGAGAGCAGAGUUUUUUUUGAUAAAAAAACACAAACAUUACAAAGAUAACGACCUGAUGGACAACUUAUGGAGAGUCAUAGCAUUGGAUUUCUCAUAUGACGAUGGUUUGUGUGCUUUAACAGUUUGCUAAAUGUCUUUGUUUUAACUGUCAUCUGUGCUAAGUAACAUUACCUCGUAAGCUAACCUGUUCAGAUACAAUGUACCAUAAGUAUUUUCACUGUCUCAAACUCAAUCACAGUGUUGCUGUCACAGCACUAUUAGGUCUUGGUUGUUACCUUACAUUUAUGGAUUAUAGUUUAAUGUGCUGAUCUGGUACUGGCCCCAACUCAGUUCAUGCUAUCGUGACAGAGAGCCAUCUCAACACUAGUGUCUAAUCAGAACUGAAAAACACUCAGUCUGCUGUUGUGUCAGUCUUCUCGCUUCUACCCAGGAUGCAUCUUUUUUCCCAUCACAUCGGGCUUGAUGUGUAUAGUCAUAAUUCGCCUCCGAAUAUUUCGUAAUUUCGCUUUGUAUAUUUGCGUUGGUCCCAGUGUGUAAGGACCUGAAGAUAUGACUGUAGAAAAAAUUACAACCAGAGCUCUGUUACAGCGGACGAUUUUGGCGCUUGAACCGCUCUGUCGCAUUUUUCGCCGUGGUAACCGUCCCUGAGGUUCACGGGAAAGCCAAUGUAGCCUCUAUGCACGUAUGGUCAAAACAGGCGCACUCAAAAUCGAUAAUUGUACAUAAGAUUUAUUAUUUCGUUUUCAUUUCCUUCUGUUUUAUUGGUGGCCCAAAAUAUCACGAUUCACGAUAUUAUCACAAUAUUAGUGCAUUGCUUUUAAUGUUUUUAAAAAUGGCAAAAAACUGUGAAAUCACUUUUUUUUGCACAGCAUGACACGCACAAACAUUAUGAGCAAGAGGCAGCUAACGUGACGUUGGGAGCAUGAGCUUUUUGGAGCUAAAGUUAGCAGAAACGUCACUAACGUUGUCAAUAAUAAGCAGUAGAGUAGACCAAACUUGAUUUGGUCAUGUUGUUUUUACCUUGAUUCGGGCAAACGAUGCUGGAUGGUGUUCACAGAGGUGGGCACGUAGGUUUGAAGUGUUAGACAAUGGGGCUGUAACUUCCUUACGGCAUAACCUGCAGAUUGGUGUCAGGUUUACCUGCUCUGUCUGUUUUGUGAAGCCAUAAAAGUCCAUACUGCCAACGAAACCUUUUUAGUAGGAGGAUACAGCCGAGGCUUUUCGUCAUUCUCAGUCUCCGACUGUUCUUGGACCGGUGUUAUGCUACAGAAAGCACCCCUGCUGUUGAAUGCACCCCUGAUGGGAGCGCGGUUGAAAGUAUAUGACAAGGCGAAAUUAUCCAUGUUUUCCUUACCCUCGGGUGGAUUCAAAAGCGUGUGCCUUUAAUGAUUUCAUGUAGACUAUUCAGAUAAGCCAAAAACAAUAGCCCUCUGAUUCAGAAUAUUUGCUGUCCUGAAAAUAUAAUGUUCUCUACCUUGACAGCUUACUGCACAGUUUAUGUACCCCAGUACACCGCUAUAUGUGCAUUUUUGGGACACAUAAAAACAGAACGAUAGUUUGCUGCUCCAUUUGACAUGUUGUCAGGAUCCAAUACCCGUGUUUUUAAAAUAUAAGAUUAGGCCUGCACGAUAUAUCGUUUGAGCAUCGUCAAUCGCGAUUUAUGCGACAAAAUGUAUGUUGUUUUGACAUGGAAACUAUCAUGAAGUGUGUUGUCAUUGAGUGGUUUAGCCGACAGUGCUACUUUGAGUUUUAGAGAUCAGAUCUGGACUUUCUGGUUGAUAGUUGGAUGUUACAUGUUAAGUUAUCUGUGUUCUGCAGGAGCUGAAAGUAUGUGAAGUUAAACUUUAUGAUACUAAUAUUUUUUUGCUCUCUGUUGUUCCCUCAGCCGUGAGUGCAGGAGGUGGAAACACUGCCACCGCGGGCAAGAAACACCGCCGCAGAGGAAAGAAACACCGAAGAGUCCGAACAGAUGAGAACCGGUGAGGAUCCUGCACACACACACACUCAUAUUCACUGACAUGCACUGCUGACUGCCCUAGAUACAUGCAUACACACUUGGAGGCUAAAUUUAGUUUGUGUGUGUGUGUGUGUGUGCACGCGCGUGCGUGUGUGUGUUGCUGUGUCAAUGUGUUGUAUGACAAACUUUCUCUUCCAAAAGAUGUCGUGUCAUUUACUAAUUAUAUCAUCAGAGUAAUGAAUAAAUAUGAUGUGCUUUGCUCCCUUAUUUAUUUCAGUGAUGUAACACACAAACAUUCUUUUACAUGCACAGAAAAAAUAAUUUUAAAUAAUUUGUUUAACAGAAUUGUUUUCUUAUUAAUAAUAGCUAUCAUUUGUAAGUGCUAUGAAAACUAGAAAAAUUGCAUUUCCUUGCAGAAAAUGCGUGGAAAUGCUGAGUGCUGAAAGCUGAAAAAGCUAAAAGCUGAAGAAGAAGAAGUAGAUGUUGGAUGAACGUGAAAUUGUUGAAGUACAAAUAGUAUGAAUUUACCCCAUAAAUUAAAAUUCCAUUCAUACUGAAUAAGGCUAGAAAAACUGUCUGAAACUGCAAAAAAAAAUUGGAUAAGGAAGAAAAUUACCUUAAAACACAGAAAAUUGAGAAAUGGCACAAGUUUAAGUUGUAGUCCUAGAAGUAGUAUGAUAAUAGGUAGUUGUAGUAGUGAUAUUAGUAGUCAUGUAAGCAGUAGAAGUAGUUUUAGAAUAGAAGAAGUAGAAGUCAAAGCAGUAGAGCUCGUGGUAGAAGUAAUAUAGGCUGUGAAAGUAAGAGACACAAAAAAAAUAUUUAGAGAAGCAAGAGUAGUGCAGGUAGAAGUAAAGAUACAAGUUAAAGUGAUAUUAGUAGUCAUUGUAGUAGUAAAUCUGGGAAUCUGUUUGAAGAAUAAAAUAAUGCAUAAAUAAUUAUAAUGAUUUUAAAAUGGGAAAAAAUUAUUAAAAAUCCUCAAGUAUUAGACAAGGUUGAAGUAUUAGAAAGGUUUGGAAAGUUUGUCACCUGCUGGCCAAGGGGUACGAUUUAAUGAUUUAAACCUCUUUUGUGAGAAGCAGGACUUAUUUUCCUCCCUUUUGAUGUAUUUUUUAUGGCUGUGGAGUGAAAUUUGUUGGCGUGGGAGGGAUAUAUUCGAGCUAGGUUUUGUCGAUCAGAAAGGACCUCUCCACUUUUGCUAUGACAUCACCCCACUCUAGCUUCUCCAAUACACACCCAUUAUAAAGCCUGAAAUUUGCUGAAAACCAUGAGGCGCUUAAAGCUGAGUUGUGGGAAAACUGUAGAAGAUAGCACAAAAAAGUUCAUACAACAUAUUUAGAGGAGAAGUUUUUGAGGUCUGUAGGUGAAAGUAUGCUGAAGUUACAAGGCUGAGAAGGUGGAAUAAUAAAAGGUAGAAUUUUAAGAUUUCCCCAUAAAAAAGUGAAAGGGUAAAAAAGUGAAAAAUACAUCCGCACUUGUCCUGAAGGAGAGGAAUAGUGUAAAAGUUGAAUGGUUGAAAUAGCACAAAGUUUGAGGGAGUUGAAAGUGCCAAAAAAGGUACGGAAUAAUAAUAAUUAACUAGAAAAAUUGCGUUUCCUUGCAGAAAAUGCGUGGAAAUGCUGAGUGCUGAAAUCUGAAAAAGCAAUGCUAAACUGCUAAUAAAACAUUGAGAAAGGUAUAAAUGUUAAAGCUGUUGAAGGUGUGAAAAAGAAAUAUAAGUUGGAUAAUUGUUUAAUUGGUUAAAAGACAAAUAGUAUGAAUAUGCUCUUUAAAAGGAAAUUUUAUUCAUGCUGAAAGAGGCUAAAAAAUGUCUAAAAUUGCACAAAGUUUGAAUGAAGAAGGAAAUUACCUUAAAAGGCAGGAAGGUGAGAAGUGGCGUAAGUUUAAGUUGUAGUACUAGAAGUAGUAUGAUAAGUAGUCAAGUAGUGAUAUUAGUAGUCAUGUAAGCAGUAGAAGUAGUUUGAGAAUAAAAGAAGUAUAAGUCAAAGUAGUAGAGAAAGUAGAAAUAGUAGCAAUAGCAGCAGUAGAGAAAGUAGACAUAGGAGCAAUAGCAGUUGAAGUAGAGGGGAAAGUACUAGUUUAAUUGAUAUUAGCAGUAGUUGUAGUACUAGAGGUGGGAUUUUGUUUGAAGGAUGGAAUAAUGCAAAAUAUUAAAACUAAUUUAAUCAGUGAAAAUUUAAAUAAUUAGAAAUCCUCAAGUAUCAGAACGUUCUUAAGUAUCAGAAAGGUUUGAAUCAGUUUGAAUGAGUUUAAAUUAGUUUGAAAAAUUAAAUAAAAAAUCAUCACUGAGUGAGUUUAAAAUGGGAAAAACAAAAUGAAUAAAAAUCCUGAAUACACCCCAUAAUGUCCUCAAUGAGCUUAAAUUUUAAAGCCCUGAAUGGUUUCUGUAGGUCAAAGUUCAUGGGAGGAGAAACGGUCCGAGGUUUGUCAAGCGCUCUAGUGAAGGGUUUUAAACGUCACCCCCAAAGCUCUGUGUGCUGAGCCUGGCUUCAUGUGUCUCAUAUGACCGUUAGAAGCUGCUUUCCAGUGUGUCUUCAGGUGCACUAAUUGGUUGCCAUGGGGACAGUAGAUGCAUCAGUACAGCAGGAGAAAGGAGACUUGAAGCUGAGCAACAAAAUCCCAGACUAUGCCUUGAUGCUCUUACUCUGUGACAGCUACAUUCAUGAUAAGGAACUUGUGAGAGCCGCAAGACUACUGAACACAUUGAUUCAAUUAGUUCACAAAAUCCUAAAUACACCCCAUAAUGUCCUUAAUGAGCUGAAUUUUUGGAGCCCUGAAUGGUUAUUGUAGACAGUCGAGGUGUGUGCAUGUAGGUCUGAUGCUGGUUUCAGGAAGUGGAGUAAAAACGCAGAAUUACCGAGAGCUUUUCUGCUUCAAAUCUGUAUACUGGUGGAAGGGUGGAAACAAGUUGUCCAUAGUAUAUAUAGUCUAUGGUUUGGACUUGAAGGGUUCUAAUUUUCAGUAUUUAUAAACCUAAGGGAACAGACCACCUGAUGUGAGGUGUUUGUGAUGUCAUCAGCCCUGGGUUAUCACCAUAUUUUGAUGUUUUAGACCUGAAGACCCCUGUGACCUCAACGACCUGAAUGCCAGCAGCAGCCCACAUCCUGCACCGCUACAGACCCACCCCCAAAACACCUGCCUGCCCCCCCAGAGUCCACCGGGAUCCAGCCAUCUGUCCCUCCAGAGCCCCACAACCACUGCCUGUCAGCUCCCCAAGAGCCCCCAAGUGACUCCCCAGCUACCCCCCCUGCUUCCUCCAGAGACUACGGAUCUGUACCCCAAGAGCACCCCAACGACUGCCAGUGCCUUCCCCAAGAACCCCCCUACAUGUCCACCCUUAAAGAGCCCCCCAGUGACUCCCCGACUUCCUCCCCUGAAUCCCCCACAAUCCACCAACCUGCCCCUCCAGAGUCCUCGGAGGCUCUGCCCAUCAUAUGCGAGUACAGGAGAUGUUGAUGAUCUGACCACAGCACCUGAACAAAACCUCCCUCAUCCCGCCUUGCACGUUGGACCCCCCCUGCCACCCUCCCAAAAUUCCCCUCAUACCUUUAUCCCACCCCCUCAGACUCCCCCCAACAUUACACCCCCCUCUCAGGAAGCAGAAGGUUCCCCUUCAGCCCGACUGACAGACCCUGACGACCCACAGACAAUCAGCCAAUCAGCACCUGCUACAUUUUUAAACCCCGCCCACUGUCCAAGUGAAGCCCUUCUAACUUUGAACCAAAAUUUUACCCAGAAUUCAUCACAUAGAACUCCUCAGAAUGACAGCCAAUCAGACUGCUCUGUCUCACCUUUAACCUUACCACUCAGUAUUACCCAUAAUGCCUCUGAACGACCAUCAGCUCUACAUCCUGCCAAAGAUCCUCCCACCUCUACAGUAAGCCCCUCCCACACUACCUCCCUCUUGUUGUCCUCCGUCACCUUCACCUCCAGUGUCUCCUCCUACCUUUACUCCCCCUCCUCCCCCUCCUCCUCCUCCUUUCUCUGCUCUCUCGACUCUUUGGGACCUCCCAUUGGUCUACCUUCCACAAUAUCAUCAACUACCCCUCAACUGAACACGCCCCUUUCUGCAAUGAGCCCGCCCCCUCCUGAGUUAACUCCGCCUCCCGCUCAGCUGUUGGGCUCUGAUGAUGAAGAGCAGGAGGAUCCAUCCGAUUACUGUAAAGGUGAGAUGGGGGGGGGGGGGGGGGAGUGCAGUUGAAACAGCUCCACCUGCUGGACAGGUUUUCUCACAGCAUAUCCCACUGUAUGAGUGACUCUCUUAGAGUGUUAGUGCAGAAAUGGCGGUUUGUUCAUGUGUACAUCUUUCAGUCAUGUGACACACGGUCACCUGAUGAUGACUGUGUUGUGUUACAGGUGGGUACUACCCUGUGAAGAUCGGUGACCUGUUUAAUGGGAGGUACCACGUGGUUCGCAAGCUGGGCUGGGGACAUUUUUCAACUGUGUGGCUCUGCUGGGACCUGCAGUAAGACACUCACACACACACACACACACACACACACACACACACACACACACACACUGUGGAGGGAGGUUUGGGAAUUUACUCAGAUUCCAUAAAUAAAGUCUUUUUUUCAGAGUGAAUGACAGCCCACCACUCUGCAUAUAAAGCAUAUUAUUUACUAUAUAUAUAUUUUUUAACUGAAUUAUACUGGAAUAGUUGAUGUCACUCUGACUGCCCAAUCAAAACACAGAAAUAAGCUGAAAAACGCUCACCCUCCUUGACGAGCUCAGUGAACAAACAGAGAUUCAUACUGCUCAAAAGACAGACUGAAUAUCGUGGUUACACUGUGUGUGUGUGUGUGUGUGUGUGUGUGUGUGUGUGUGUGUGUGUGUGUGUGUGUGUGUGUGUGUGUGUGUGUGUGUGUGUGUUGUGUGUUUCAGGAGGAAGCGUUUCGUGGCGUUAAAGGUGGUGAAAAGUGCUCCUCACUACACUGAGACGGCUCUGGAUGAGAUCAAGCUGUUGCGAUGUGUGAGUCUCAGUGCACACACACACACAAACACACAGAUCAUUCAUAAACAGGGAUAUGGACUCAGUAUUUACUCUCAUCUGUAUUUAGUCACAAAAAAUAGAUCUCAGAGUUCACACAGGUGACCUGUCUGUCUGUCUGUGAAGGUGAGAGACAGUGACCCAUCUGACCCCUACAGAGAAACCAUUGUCCAGUUGAUCGAUGACUUCAAGAUCUCAGGAGUCAAUGGAGUCCGUAUCCUUUACUUGUCUGUCUGUCCCUCAGUGUGUCAGUCUCUUAUCUCCAAUUUUCACAAUUUUCAUCCGGAACAGCAGCAGUUUUCACCGUCUGCCAAUUCCUGCCAGAUCCAUUGGUGAGGCAAAUUUCGUGGCGGAUGACGGACAGUAGGAAUUAUGAGAACUCACAGGAACCCUAGGAUUCACGUUCAAUCGUGCGGUAACAAGUUGUUUCUGUAAAGACAGACACAUAGACAUAUUAGAUUGUGUCCUUCCAGAGGAGGAAAUCUACUUCUAGACUUCUAGAAUCAGCAUCUCCUCAUCCAUGGUGUCAUCGGGGUGAAAUGACUUCUAAAAACCUUUCACUUGUUCGUCUCCGCCUGUUUGCAUGAUGUGAAAUUCGAUCCUCCUGAAACACGGAGUGUUUUAUUUUAAAAAGAAGACGGAUGUUUUAUUUUGUUUAUGUGCCCGACUUCCUUUCCAGCACGGGUUAAUCUGUGCUGAAUUUAUCCGGCGUGCUCCGGUGUCUGGAAAAAAUGCAACUCUUGCGAUCAGCUGCGGAGUCCGGCGAUCUGAAGAGGAACGGAAAGAAGCUGGUGGAAAUUGAAACGUUUACUUGAAUAGUUACGAUCAGCUACGAUCGGAGGAUACGACCUUUUAGGAGACGAUCAGGAUGCGGUGGAAAUUGGGGGUUAGUCUCUCAGUCUGUCUGUCCCUCAGUCUCUCCAUCUUUUAGUCCUUACCUGUACUUCAGAUGUGUGUAUGGUCAUGGAGGUUUUGGGUCAUCAGUUGUUGAAGUGGAUUAUCAAGUCCAACUACAUGGGCCUUCCUCUGGUGUGUGUGAAGACCAUCAUCAGACAGGUAUGUCCUCACACCUUGGCCUCGUUCAACUCAGUGUGCAGAGACUUGGAGGACUUGCUGAUGUAACAGUGACCUGCCCAUGGAUUGGUCUGUGUGCUUGCAGGUCCUGCAGGGUCUGGACUACCUGCACACUAAGUGUAAGAUCAUCCACACUGACAUCAAACCAGAGAACAUCUUAUUGGACGUCGACGAGGUUUACAUCAGGCGAUUAGCUGCUGAGGCGACCAUCUGGCAGAGAGCUGGAGCCCCGCCCCCUUCAGGGUCUUCAGGUGAGGAGUGAGCUCAGUGAUUGGUCAAAAGAUGAGAAUGAAACAAACAGUCAAAUCUGGUCCCAGUCUGACCUGAUCCAGGAUUUCAGCUGCUCAACACUUCAGAGUCUCAUUGGUCCUGUUUUUGGUGUCCUGAUGGUCCAAAUGUUUUCAAGUCAGGACCACAUCGGCCCAGGACUCUAGAAUAGAAUUUAACUUGAUUGUCAUUGCACAUGUCACAAGUACAGAGCAACGAAAUGCAGUUUACAUCCAUUGAAAAGUGCUUAGCAAGUAUAAAUACAUUUACAAAUGUACACGGUAUAAAGGAGGUAUAUGAGUAUAUCUCAGGUACAUGAAGGUCUUCUCUGAAAAACUCUUUGUCUGGAUGGAUGCAGAUGUUCCUCCUAAACCUGGAGAUCUUGUUCAGGGUUAAUGAAGUCCAAAACCUCCAUAUUGAAUUAAAACAAAUCACUGGAAGACUGGAGUGUCUGUCAUCCCUGUGAAGUGGUCAGUCUAGGUGUCCCAGAACUGCAGUUUAUCAGUUCAUCCUCAUUAUAUUGGUCUCUGGUUCCACUCCCGGUCUAGACCUGAACCUGCAUGUCUCACUUUCCCUUCCCUGUGUCUCCUGUCUCUCUGACCCUGUCAUGUCCAGUAUGAAGAAAUGACUUGUUAGCACUUAGAACUUCACUGGAUCCUCGGCGAUCCUACGUGACUUCAUGAAUAUUGUUUACAGUUUCUCAGGAGCUAUUCUGUGUAUCUCUUUGGGAUAAAAAGUGUUCAAAAGCUUACCCUUUUGGCGAUCUAUCAAGGGUUUCCAGACAUUUCUACACCUGCCACAAGGUUUACAAUCCAGCCACACAAAUAGGUGUUUGAUCAGAGACGUUUGAUGGUAAAUCCGCAGUGAUAUACUGGUGAAAACAUGAAUUUAUCAGAUUGUUGAGAUAAAAAAAGAUCGCUAUCGCUAAAUGCCGCUGAUGUCGGGUUUGACAAGCUGUUUUGAUGAUGUCUUUUUUUGUCAAAACUUUCAACCAAUUACAUUGUCUCAUAUUCUUCCUCUACUGUUCCCUUGACGGUAGUGUCCAAUAAGAGGCAACAAAAGAUCAACCAGACGAGAAAGUUUCCUGCUUGUCUGCAAAAUAAGAAAUUAUGGUCCUCAAUGUUGGAAACAAGCAAAGAAGAGAAAAUGAGCAGUAUGAUGUGGUCCUCUGUCUCAUCCCAGGAGUGGCAUAAACAAUUGUAAAUAGUAAAAAACGCCCGGAAGAAUUAGCGUAAAUAUGUCAAUAGUUUCUGUUGUGUGUUUGUUCCAAUCCCAAUAUUUCUUCUCCUGAUAGCCAAGACUUGAGAGAAUGAUGUGCAGGUGAGAAAAGUCUCGGUUACUGUAGAUUUAUGUGUUUUUUUUUAACAAAGUACUGUUGGUUUCAAAUUCCAUUUAUGUUUUUUGGUUAACUUUGAUGGUUCUGAAUCUACUGUCACAUUCAUUUUACAUCAUUUUUGCUCCAUAAACUGACAGCUGAGGUUGUCCUGAUGUAUAUAUAUUUUUGAGUUGCUUCAUAGAUUUUUACAAACAAGAAACAAAAGGCAGGCGGACAAAAAGUAGCAAAAUAUAGCAGGGAGUUGUAAGAGUUAAUGGUUCCAGCUGUAGCGUAGAUUACUCUUUGACUGGAGUGAACCUUUCUUACCUGUGACUCUGUUUGUCCUUCUCUUCUUUUACUGACCUUUUUGUCUAUCUUCCAGCUUUACUUCCUUUUUUUCUGAUGUUUCUUCCCGUCUCUCUCUCUCUCUCUCUCUCUCUCUCUCUCUUCCUCUCUCUGUCUGUCUCGCCGGGUGUCUCUCUCUCUAGUUAGCAUGGCUCCCAGGGAUCAACAGGUAAGUGUCCUGGUGUGCUGCCUGCUGUGAUCUCAUUGAUUGCUUCAGAUUCAGAGCUAGUUUCAGGUGUCUCUGAUGCUACCUGCUGUGAACAGGUCGUGUUAAUGUGAUGGAAACACGGGCAGGUGAAGUGUGUGUUAAUAACCUAAUGAUCACCAGGUGAGUCAGUUGUCCCAUCUGUUUCCUGUUCAGUGUCAUCACAUGUUUAAAUGAACCUUUUGUGCAUGAGACCAAGCCCCCUGUAAUGCUCUGCCAUUGGUGCUCUGACCUGCCUGAUGCCCCGCACCCUAUGAUGUGCAGAGAAUAUUAGAACAGAGAGUCUAACCCCUGAAGUCAGAUCAUAUUCAUCCCUUGCUGUAUGCAGAGAAGAAGGACCGGGUUGGCCUGAUGGCUCCCCAUGUAGAAGAGCUUCAGUCCUUAGGCCUGCAGCCCGGGUGGGAUUCCCACCUGUGGCCCCCUCUGCAUGUCACUCCCCAGAAAACCCUGCAGGUCAGGUGGUCCAAAACAUACCAUAACUUGGUCUGUGUGUGUGUGUGUCUGUGUGUGUGUGUGUGUGUGUGUGUGUGUGUGUGUGUGUGUGUGUGUGUGUGUGUGUGUGUGUGUGUGUGUGUGUGUGUGUGUGUGUGUGUGUGUGUGUGUGUGUGUGUGUAGGUAGGUAGGCUGUCUAAGAACAAGAAGAAGAAGUUGAAGAGGAAGGCGAAGCGUCAGCAGAGGCUUCUGGAGGAGAGACUGGUGGAGAUCCAGGUGUGUAGUUCAGGUGUGACACACACACAGAGUCUGUGUGAAACAUGAAAUAUUAUUAAAGAUGACUGAUUCUAGAUUCAACAUGUGAGCAGGGCUCAACAGUGCAACCAUUUCACCCGCAUUUGCGACUAAAACUAGGUGUGUGCGAAUUGUAAAAUGUAUUUAGGGUCACGUGUGCAUAAAGAAAAAUCAGCCAAGGCAACAAAUGUUUUUUCAUGUAAAUACGGCAGUGAAGUAAGUUUUAGGUUGGAUAUAUUCGACGGACAUUCACUGUGGAUCUACCAUUGUCUUCUCACUCUCCAUAACCGGGAAUAACAACAGCAGCGUGGUUAAAUCUACUCGGCAUCCUCGCUGUCAAAGUCGGGUGUUGAAUAAGGGACCGUCAAUAAAUUCCAUUACGGACUACAGCGGGAAGACGCAGCUCAAGGAAGAACAUUUAUGAUCAUUACUUUAUUAUUUCCUUGAAGUAAUAAUCAUUGUAUGGAUUUAUGUAAAUAAUAGAUAACUUUUAUAGACACAUUAUGUGAGACAACAGACAAUUAAAUUCCCCUUUGGGGAUCAAUAAAGUUCUUAUUCUUCUUCUUCUUAUUCUGGAGUCUUGAUCAAAUCCAGCCAAAAUUGUGCAUAUUACAACAUGCAUAUAAAAAUGUGUGUAUUUCCCGAACUAUAAGGGCUGAAGGCAUAAAUUUGGUACCUGCUGAAAGGUAAGACUUGUCAGAUUUCAAAUCCAGUGUCUAAAUGGGGCAGAUAUUACCCAAUUGCUCCCAAUUGAGAAAAGAUACACAAGAGAAAAAUAAAAAUGCUAUUUCCGCCUAUGAAUAUUUUUUAAAAAAGAAGGCUAUAAAAGUCUUGAAUUUCAUCUGCACUUUUUUUAGUUCUCCAAUGACUUAGGAAUAAAUCAGAAAGAUUUAGGGGGGCAGAGCAGUCAACAAGUAGUCCACAAGCCCUAUAAUAGCAAACAAGUACCAUACGAAAUUCAGGUAUUUCUGCUCCAGGACUCCAUAGAUUAAAUGCAUGAUAACCAUCACUAAGCUACCAGUCUGCAAAGGUUAUCAUGCCAAACCAUAAACUAGGGAUGUGGAGCAACUCAAAAAAACAAACUAGAAAUUACCCACCCGAUUUAUUAUGAUGGGUCAAUUUUGGGGUCUUGGCUCAUGAACUAUUUAAAGGAAGCAGCCCUACAAAAUAAAACACUGUGAGGAGGCUCUUCAGAAUAAAGUUUGUGUUCUUUGUGCAGAGGUUGGAAGAAGAGGAGGGUGCCCCUCGUCCUGAUGACACUGACAGUAACUGUGAGUACUCUCUCAUAAAUUAGACAGUAUCUAAAGGGUUUGCUGAUCUGGUGUGAUGUAGAACUUUUCACAUAAAAGGAUAUUUUUGCACCAAAUUAUCAUAUUUUUUCACAUAUUUAAACCUCAUAAUCAAAGUUUACUGUUUAAUUUUUCGAUGUAAUCACACCUCAUUUAUGUAUUUGACACUUUAUAAUGGCUGGGACACUCUAAAAUAAACAUCACUGUUCUUCCAGUUUUUUCAGUCUCUCUUGUUGUCAACGGCAACACUUCCUGCUCCAUAGCCAAUAGUAAAGUGAGUCCAGAGUCCAAUAAUUCCCUGCUGGAGGACAGGUGUAACGGCCACCCUCCUGGACGGUUCUCCAGUCCUGCCUCCGGCCUAUCGGGGUUUUCCAGUUCUGUGAUGUCAGCGACAUCUGAGUCAGCACUUUCUACCCAAUCAGGAUACUCGAGUGGACGAGAUGGUCAGAAAACACACAACAUAUAGUACACACUCACAAACACCAAACAACACCAAACACCAAAGAACAGGCAGUAAACGCCCUCUGUCUCCCUCAGUGUUCAGUGCGUCAGACUUCAUCCUCUCUCCGUUGGAUCCCGUGAAUGCUCACAGACUCCGGGUGAAGAUCGCAGACCUGGGGAACGCCUGCUGGGUGGUGAGACACCUUCAUCAUUAUCACACAAAAGGUGGUCUUUAUACAUCCUCAUUCAGAGCAGAGCAGAGGACCCAAUAUGAUUCCAUCAUGAGACAAAAACACUUCCUACAAACAAAACCAGAACCAGUCUCAAGAGAGGUACUGAGACAGUCUCGUCUGAGGUACACACUUGAGAGACAAAAAGGACCAGGUUCCACCUGCCUAAGCAGUUAAAGCUAACAGCAGUGUCACUACCCGAUCCGUCCUGGAAACACGAUUUGUACUGCGCAUGUGCGAAACUUACGUCACUUCCUCUCUUGGCAUUUCAAUGGAUUUUACUGCAGUGAGCCGCUACCUACCCGAUCCGCACUGCACAAGUGCAAAUUUACUUCACCAUAAAACUUUAUUGAAACUACGAUCGAUUCAGAAACAAACUGGCAAUGUGACAGGCUAGCUAGCAGGAGGCUCCAGAGCUAAUGCCGAGGCAUUCGCCAGAGCUUCUGCCCAGCACAGUGAGACCUUUUGGGCCACAGAGAGUGCCACCACCCAAUCAAAAUCAUGGUUUUCUGACUUUUCAAAGUAUCAAGGGGGAAUUUAUUUCAUUUAUUUUAUAAAUUAAGUUUAUUAACUAGAAGCCUACACAUUAUGGACAAUGAAUUUCAGCGUUUUUAUACAGCGUUUCAAUUUCAACACUUAAAUAUUCACAUUCAUUCAAGCCUUUUACAACUACAUUGGAAUUUUACAAUUUAGCAGGAGUAGGGACCUUUAAUUGUAAAACUGGGCACCAUUCUCUGGACUUUUCGGCACUCUGCUUCAGUCGGGGGAAGCACUCUGUUCAGGACAAAAGAAAAGCGUUAGGCUGGUGAUAAACUGAUGCAUCCUUUCUGACUGUAGCGAGCUCACUGAUGCUGAAGCUGUCAAACAAGUGUCAAAGCUGUCGCAAAGAUGGCUAGUAGAGGAAGUGAUGUACAUUUUGCACAUGCACAGUACAAAUCGGGUUUAUGGGACGGAUCAGGUAGCGACAAGCAGUAUAAGCUCAAUCUAGUCUUUGCUAAUAGCAGUUUUAGUCCUUAGCAACCUUUAGCACCAUAACCAAGUGUAAUUCCAGAUCUUUGAGUUAGGGCCAUCCAGAGUUAGGGAGCUAAGACUCAGUAUGGUUUGUAGUCUCCGCUUAAAAGCGGUUCUGGUUGUCUGUUGACUGGUAGAUGGAUCCAGGCAUCAGCCGAGGGGGGGAUGUGAACAGUUAGCGCGAUAACGUGCGAAAACUCCCUCGGCAGGUAAUAUGGCCGCAAACUCACAGCCAGCAGCUCAAUGUCCUUAGAGCAGAGCUGCUCUUUAACACUGACGUGCCCAGCAUUACACCAUCUCUCAUUCACAUACACCGCUAUCCCACCUCCUUUCUUCUUACCACUCUCCCUCUGACGAGAUGAAAUCCGUCCAAAGUUACGAGCAGGUCCGGAGUGAGUUUGUUCAGCCAUGACUCCGUGAACAUCAUGAGGCUGCACUUCCGGUACUCCCACUGCAGCCGAGUCAGCGCUGUGAGCUCUUCCAUCUUGUUGGGGAGAGACCUCACGUUUCCCUUGAUGAUGGACGGGACAGUUGGUUUAAAACGUCUCCGCUUUGCCCGAUGCUGAACUCCGGCUCUGCAUCCUCUCCAUCUCCUGCGCAGCUUGGCGGGGAUGUCCGGUCUGUCCCACAAAGGUGGCCGGACUUGGCGCAGCGCCAACAGCUGUUCAUGGCUGUAAACAAUAGAGCUGCUGAACAGGUCACCGGACGCGGACUUACAAACUCCGAAAAGUAAAAGAAAACAGUGCCAGAGUCAUGAAAUGCACAUCCAUGGUUAGAAUAUGCAAAACACAACACUGCUAAAUUAAAAAAAAAAGACAAAUAAGGUGCAAAAAAACAACAAUAAGAAGGCAAAAACAUAAACUCUGUGAAGCGCUGCUGUGACUUGCUGCCACUCUCAGGGCUUACAGUCUGAUGCUCUGAAACGCCCCUUUCUUUACCUGAAAAAACUGUAUGGAAGUUUAAAAGUUUCAUCAUCAGUUUUGACGACAUACAGGUAAGGGGGUUUUGCAUAAUGACUCUGCACAGCAGGAGGCUACAGGACCUACCAUUAGUCCACCACAGUUGGUCUCUUGUUUGGUCAACUCACAGUUUUGGUUGAGUCAGUAUUUCCAAUAUGAUUUCACAGGCCUCUCUCUCUUUCGCUCUCUCUUUCUCUCUCUCUCUCUCUCUCUCUCAGCAUAAACACUUCACAGAGGACAUUCAGACCCGUCAGUAUCGAGCUGUAGAGGUUCUGAUUGGCGCGGAGUACGGACCGCCUGCUGACAUCUGGAGCACCGCCUGUAUGGUCCGUAAACACACAAACACACACGUGUGUGACUGUAAACAGCUAUAAGAGCAAACAUGUGGUGAAGGAGUAGUAGCAGCAGUAGUUCUAUCAUCACCAGGACGACCAUCCUCCUAUGAUGUCACACUCUGACCCCCAAUUUUUACCGCAUCUGGAACGGCUGCGAUUUUCACCGUAUGCCAUUUCCUACCGAAUCUGUUUGAAUGGUGAAUUUCUGGCGGAUUACGGACAGCGGUAAUCACGAGAACUCACAAGAACAUGUGGAUUCACAUUCAAUCGCGUGAUAACAAGUUGUCUCUGUAAAGACAGACACAUAGACAUAUAAGCAGUAGAUUGUGUCCUUCCAGAGGAGGAAAUCUACUUCUAGACUUCUAGAAUCAGCAUCUCCUCAUCCAUGGUGUCAUCAGGGUGAAAUGACGUCUAAAAAUCUUUCACUUGUUCCUCUCCGCCCAUCUGCAUGGUGUGAAAUACGAUCCUCCUAAAACACAGUGUUUUAUUUUGAAAAGAAGCCGGAUGUUUUAUUUUGUGUCCGUGCCAGACUUCCUUUCCAGCACGGGUUAAUCUGUGUUGAAUUUAUCUGGCAUGCUCCGGCGUCCGGAAAAAAUAGAACAUUUGCGAUCAGCUGUGGAGUCCGGUGAUCCGCAGUGGAACGGUAAGAAGCUGGUGGAAAUUGACACGUUAACUUGAAUGGUUACGAUCAGCUGGGAUCGGCAGAUACAACCUUUUUUUCCACCGGAUGCGGUGGAAAUCGGGGGUUAUUCUGUAAUCAUGCGUUAGAACUGCGUUCCAGGUGGAAGGGUAGAUGAACCUCAGUAAUCCGCCUCAUUCAUUAGCAGCAUCAAAGACAGUAGACAAGAAAAGAGGAGCACUCAGGUCAGGUCAUAGUUACGUCAAAAAUCCAUAUUUAAUCAAUGUGUUGAUCAAUGUUUCAGGCGUUCGAGCUGGCCACAGGUGAUUAUCUUUUUGAGCCUCACUCAGGAGAAGAUUAUACCAGAGAUGAAGGUACAGCAGCACACUAGAGUAAACACACAACUGUAGUCAAACACAGAACUGCAUCAUCACAGUACUACAGUCCUCAUGAGUAUCAGUGUCGACUUUGACUGUCUAUUCAGAUCAUAUCGCCCACAUCAUCGAGCUCCUCGGCCCAAUUCCUUUGCCCUUCGCCUCGUCUGGCAGAUACUCCAGAGAAUACUUCAACAGGAGAGGUGAGCCUGAGUGUCUGCCUGUAUUCCCUCUGUCUGUCUGUCUGUCUGUCUUCGGUCUCACCGCGUCUCUCUCUCUCUCUCAGGUGAGCUGCGGCACAUCUCCAAUCUGAAGCCAUGGGGUCUGUUCGAGGUUUUGCUGGAGAAGUACGAGUGGCCGCUCGAUCAGGCGGCUGAGUUCAGUGACUUCUUGUUGACCAUGUUGGAGCUACAGCCCGACCGUAGAGCUACGGCCGCACAUUGUCUGCAACACCCCUGGCUGCACAUAUAA